CAUGUGAAAUUGCAAUCUACUUUGUGCUGGUAUAAUUCAUAGUGAAUUCACAGAGCUGAUUAUGCUGUGGUAGAACUGCCAUCAAGGAUGAGUGACUCUGUCGAUAUCAAGGCACCUCAGUCCAGAGGUGCAACGGGUGAUGCAAAAAACAACCCUGGCAAUAUUUCGAACAAACUUUUGCCUGCAUUCAAACGGAGAGGUUCGGACCUUGCCGCUUCUGUGGUGGAACUUUCCACUGAUAAUAAUACCCCCGGCGUGUUGAGAAUCUUUGGGGACUCGGUACGUCCCGGAACGCAUUACAAGAGUGUCUUAGCAACAAUAGGAUCGACAGCAUGCGAACUGGUCAAGGAAGCUCUCUCCAGGUAUAACAUUUUAGAACAGAAGACAGGAGAAUACCUUCUAUGCGAAGUUAUUGGGAAAUUUGAUGAAUGUUCUGGAAAAAGUGCACAAACGAAAUCAACUGAAUGCCGGAAUAAGCCUAAUGGAGACGGCAACAAGGGUUCAGACCUCGACCUCGAAAACUGGAACUCUGAGUAUGUCCGUAUUAUUGACGAACACGACCGCCCUCUCUUGCUUCAAGAGCUCUGGAAACCGAUGGAAGGUUACGCCAGGCGGUUUGAGAUCAGACGGAAAGACGACGUGCUGAAGAGCAUUUGUCAGGAUAAAACUACUACAGGUAUCAACUCGAAUGCCAGAAAGAUACAAAUGGCUAAGGUAAAACCAGGUGUGAUUCCACGAGGAGUCGAGAAUGAUGAACAGAGGAGGAAAAGUCCUCUCCAGCUUCCUCGUAAAGAAAGCUUAACUGUGGCUAGUGUUCGACGGUCCAGUUCCCGAACAGAUUCCGCAUCAAGCGUGGAUAGUCUCUCUUACGGGGCCUAUUAUCCCGAUAGACAUUCAGAGCUGCCCAAGGCUCCCACAAAUUGCCCAUUUUUAUUAACACUUCGCGGAUUCGAUAUCCGUAGAGACAAACUGUACUAUUUGAUAGAGGAGGAUAUUUGCGUUCUUGGUGGCUUGACCCAACCGACUGGAAAGGCACCAUCAGUGGUACUGAAUGCCCCCGAUGUAUUGUCUCAGCAUUGCUGUCUGUGCAGAAGGAGAAUGCAGUCGAGUUCUAGGUAUAGUGAAACUCACCAGAUAGUGGAGAUCGAGCCGGAACCUGGGGCUAAGGUGACGGUGAAUGGUUGGGCUGUAUACUCUAGAAUAGUGCUAGCUUCCGGUGAUUUGAUAACAAUAGGUGAUCAUUAUGUUUUCUUAUAUAAAGAUCUCACUGCAGGUCAAGACAUUCCUAUGGAAUUACCAUGGUUACAAGAUUGUGGUAGAACACACAGUCCUCAAACAUCCCCAGUGGAGUUUUCAUCUCCAGAAGAAGACGAAAAAAUUUUUGAGUUCGGUGAUAAGACACGUGUGAAUUCCAAAGAUGAAUUUUUUGGACGCACCAUGAAAAGGCGUAAGCAAAAGUUGCUGGAUAAAUGGAGGUUAAGUGAUGGAUCGGACGAUGGGGCUCGACCCAGGUUUAGUUACUCUAAGGACAGUGAGGAUGAACUUAUCCGUGCUGUUAUUACUUUGGUAGACCCAUUUGAGGAUUCUUAUAAACUGAGUCCGGCUUUUAUAUACUCAAUGUGCUUGGAAUACUCAAGUCACACAUUUGGGCUUUCACAUACGAAGAAGCUUGUCUUACGCAUCCUCACAUGUCUUAGAGAAAUAACACUGAAGUGCUCGUCGGUGAUAACAGAAGACAGUUUAGGAGAGAGGGGUGUUGAGGGUCCACAGGGGAGGUGUCGAGACGAUCUUCAUCACGCCAGGCCCGUGGUCUUCUGGAUGUCAAACUGCCUCCAGCUCCAUACAUUUGUCAAGAAGUAUAUCCUCUGCCAAGAUGGCGGCGAUGGCAUUUCGAUGUCAGACCCACAGAAUAAGUCUACAGAUAGAGAAAAAAUUUUGUCCCAGUUUGAAGAGAUCAUUAAAUUUGGAUUCCAACAAACUGUGUAUUCAACAACCAAGGUUUUGUAUCACUACAUUCCACUCCUGCUGGACUCAAACCCUUUCGAGGAAGAGUGUAAAAGCGGAAGUGCUGACGUAAUAUCCAUACUGGAAGAUAUUUACGAGCUAUCUUCUAGUUUGGAGCUUAAUUCGCAUGUCCGGAAACAGAUCUUCACAUACCUGUUCUUUUUCAUCAGUACAUCAGUUUUCAACAAGUUGAUGUCAAAAGGUUCUGGUAACAGGUAUUACAGCUGGCACGCCGGUGUACGUAUAGCAGGGAAUCUCCAACAGCUGGAGGAAUGGGCGGGUCAGUUCGGAUUUCAGGCGGAUUUCCAGGACAUGUUCAAGGAGUUGGUCAGCGCAGUGGAUCUUCUGGCCACAGCCAAGGGCAAAGUCAUACAGAUGACGUGGAAGACGUUGCGUGGGUUGGCACCAAAUCUGAACCCGGCCCAGCUUCAUCACAUUCUGCAAGAGUACCAGGUGGGAUCAGGAAAGGAAGUGCCCUCCGGGUGGGUGCCGGACCAGGAGGACUUAAAGCCAGCCCUGGACUCAGUAAAUCUUAUUGUCCCGGUGAUUUUUGUGUCAGCAGGUUCCGUACAGAUUAAGCUAACGGAUCAUCCCCCAUUCUCUCUGCCGGAAGGAGACGUUUGUGCCAUUGAUCUCCGUAAAGAUGUCAGCGAUUUAAUUCUGCUAGAGCAUCUCACCACCAUCACGUCCACGUUCGGCCUCUCCGAAGAUGAUGAUGAUAGUGGGUACAGUGUCAGCAACACACCACGUCUUCAGUCAGGGUCUAAGCUGGACGCCUCUGAGUCUUUCAGUUUUUCGGAUGAUGGUCCAAUGACAAGGCUAAAGUUACCACCCAGAAUCGGAAAGCCCUGUGCUGGAAACCUUCUGGGACUGAAGUCUGGUAAUUUGUCACAAAGCAAGCCUAUCACAUUUAACCUGCAGGCCAGGGAUAGAGGAAGUAUUUCACAUUCGUCCCAAGAUGGCGACAUCUCUGAGGAAUUGGACUGUUCAGAAAUCCAGUUGUCUUUCAGAGAACAUUCUACCGUGUCCAAAGUCCCGCCCAACACUAAACUUCUUGAGGAAAAGACGCCCAUUCUUACUAACGAUGCCACGGCCCCAAUCGCUGGAAACAUCAGCAAAGGGUUCGGUCAGGUUCCGAAUACUAAAUUCCAGAUCUGGAAAACAGCCGGUUGGCAAGAUAGCUUUUGCAUCGAUGUCUCCAGUGUUGCGCCCAGCGCUGACAAGGCCAGUAGUGGACUCAGAGUACUGUCGCUUGAGGAAUCCGUCGUAAACACAAAUUCCUUUGACGCAGGAACUUCGGAAUCUGAUUCUGAUUGCCCACUUCAAGGAGGCCCUUGUGGUGGAGACGUACCCGCCAUGACAGCCAUGAAUACAGCCUAUCUGAAGGAUUCCCAUGAGGACGUAGUCAGAGUUAACCUACAGAGGGACAAAACUGGACUGGGCCUGGGCUUAAUAGACGGCAUGCAUACGUCACUGCAUUGUCCCGGACUCUUUGUGCGGACCGUUGUUCCCGGAAGUCCGGCAGAUAAAAACGGCCGUAUCCGGAUAGGAGACAAACUUCUAGCUGUUAAUGGCACAGCCCUGCUGGGUGCUGACUAUCAGACAGCCAUGACAAUAAUACGAAAUGCCGGGAAACAGCUGCAGCUGGUGAUAGCUCGGAAUGAUGACGACACAGCUCAGAGGCUUUCAUCGACCACGUGCUGAUAUUCGCCCCAAACAGUCACAACGGCACGAUACAAGCACGUGAAAUUGACACCAACACUGGCGCCUGCUCUUUACGGAUUCCUGGAAAAAUAUAAUCAGAUAAGCCAAAUACUGCUGCAAAAUAAAAAUGCGUGCCCAGGGGCAAUCCUAGUUUGCAAAAAAAAAAAAAAAAGACAUCUGAAAGCAAACAUAUAACAUGAAGAUUAAAGACAUAUUUCGUUUUUGCCUGUAGAGGACAGAGGCGGAGGUAUAACUGUGUGGAUGGAGCAGACAAAAGUUUGUGAAAGCAGGCCGAUAUUCACAACUUGUCUAAAGACAUGUGUGAAAACGUGUUCAUCUGCAUUGAUUUGUUUGCUGAGAACAGCAAAAGAGCAGCAGGUGUUUUUUUUUCAGGUUUACACUCAGAAAAUCCAAUAUCGGAGUCGCUCCAUGGACAGUCAAUGCUAGACAACUUCAACAGAAAUGCCUGGUCUUAAAGCAAUGUUUUUUUUGUUGAGAGAGUUUAUUUAAUAAACACGUAAUGCGUAAAACAAGUAAACCUGACCGUGAAAUAAUAUCAGUAGACGCAAACACAAAAGCGCUAAUGCUGAAAGAAAGCAUGGGAGCAUGUUUUCUGACGAUUGAAUGGAUUGAGUAAUACUGCUUUCUCGCAUUUGUCAGUAAUCUGUUCAACAAAUACCCACAUAUACUUCCACUGACUAUACUUGCAUGGGCCUAGUAUUCAACACAGUUUUACAACCUGUGCAUAUUCUGUAUACAUAUAAAUUGCCAUUUCAAGUGCUGGUCUGUACAAUACUGUUUUGUGAUAUAUUAUAUGCAUAUAUGAUAAGUCGAUAUUACUCUAUUUAAUAUGUAUAGCAAUUUCCGCAAUAUUAUCAUGUUACUAAGAAGUUUAUGUAUUAUGUCUCGUUUGUGUUUAUUACUGUCUUCAGCUUACAAUAAUGUUUAACUUUUAUAUUUUCCUAUAGCAGCAAAUAAAGCGUCUUGGGAUGUUAAACUUAGUGAAGAAAAGCAAAUCGUUACAUGACUGUUAGUUCUGCUGUCAGUUCAUACAACUGAAGGACAUUGCUUAUAUAUGCCACAAUCCCCAUUCUGGGAGAACAGCGAUUAAUCUAAAUGAAGGUGUAUAUAUUUACGACCGCUGUGGAGAAGCUAACUAGUUUCACUGAGUCACGGCGAUUCUUCGGAGCAUUCAUGCAUGUAGUAGAUAUGAUGCUUUAACACUCUGGCAUUACCUGAUGUUGAUCCGAAGAUGUCUCGAUCUUUUCACAUAUAUGCAUCUUGAAUAAACUGAGGAACAGCUGCUAAAAGUGCUUCUAAAAAGUUGAGUUAUGGAUAGGCCUACUCUGAUAAAAAGCAUUCUGAAAAUUAAUCUUAAACGUUUGUUCAUCAUUGAUCCUGCCUGCGCCUUGAAGCUUCGUAGUUUUUGCACUCACACAUUUCGACGUUACAGUAAAAAUUUAUUUCUUAUUUAAGUCAAAUUAAGGAUCUCUUCGUUGAGUGCCUCAUCAGACGAUGGUCGUUGACGGAUUGUAAAAAGGAAAAGAAACGUGUCGCGGUAAAAGGAUCAGUUACUUAUUUCGUGCGAUUAUAUAUACUCUGGCCCAAGCCUUCAUACUGUGCGUUCACAACAACAAACAUAUUCUUGUAAAACUGAAGUUGGAAAAAUAUAUCGUAACAUAUACAUUCUCUGGUGCAUAUUUUGCAAUACGGCACAUCUAAUUGGGCCAUUCAUAUUACAUGCCAAUGUGAAAUAAAACUGGGUCUGGGUUAGCGUGACCUAUGCAACACCCACGCUCAAGUAAUACAGUGCUCACGAAUCUUCGUUUUUACAAGAAAAUUUAAUGUUAUGUUUUUUCUUUACAAAGGAGGAACAAAAAACGCAUAGCCGCUCAAUAUUUAUCACUUGAGGUUGGAAUUUCCUGUUCAUUAGGCUAUAUGAAUAUAAAUGAAACAAUUUUAGGUACAUGCAAAUGAUUUUAAUGUUGAUAUUUCAUUUCCUCUCUCUUCAGCAUCAAAAGCAAACGCAGCCAAAGUUAACUGAUUGAUUUCUCU